AUGGGCUGCCUGGACGACUUUGCGGCCCCCUGUGCGCUGGCGGCCGCCAUGAAGCGGUCGGUCCAAGAGGCGCUGCAGGAGCCAACUUCGGCAUCGACGCCGAUCGCCUGGACGGAGCCGCAUGGACACACCUGGCAGCGCCCGGAGAACGUGCUCUUCGUACUGGACUACGAUGACACCAUCUUGCCAACGACCUGGCUGGCGAGCAAGAUGUGGUUUCGUACCUGGAUUUUUGACAAGGGGCCGCUGGAUCAGAUGGCGGGGACGGCGGCCGACCUGGAGAAGCUCCAGGAGUUGGACGCCGUGGCCACGGAAUUCCUCCGCACCAUGGGAGGCUUGGGGACGCCAGUGUGCAUCACCCUGGCACAGAGGUCCUGGGUAGAAGAGUCAAUGAAGGCCUUCCUCCCGCAGCUUGCGCAGUUGUGGGAGGAGAUGGGUGUGGAUGUCCACUACGCCACGGAAGAGUAUGUCACGAGCAUCACCAGGCAGGGCCACUGGUGCACCAAGCCCAGCGGCCACUCCCAGCUCGAGGGCACUGUCCUGGAGCUUCAGCAGCGGUGCAUCAAGAAGCGUAAGGUGAUGCAGCGGGUGCUUCGCCGGUUCAACCUCAAGAACGGGAACGUUUGGCUGAACGCCGUGAGCUUGGGCGACGGCCUCGCGGAGCGCAAUGCGCUGCAGGAGAUUUCACUUCACCAUCAGAACCCUCCAGACCCAGUGACUGGAGAGAUCCCCAUCUUCCGGGUCAAGACCAUCCAGAUGCUGGAGGAGCCAUUGAUCCAUGAACUUCAGAGUCAGCUGAAGGUCCUCAGAGGCUGGCUGCGACCGUUGGUCAACUGGGCCCAGGAUCUUGACACGGUCCUGGGUGACUAG